AUGCGGGUGAAACAGCCAUCCAAAGCUUCACCUGAGAAAGCUAAGAGAAGUAAAAGGCCUCCUAUACCUCACGAUGAAGACUCGUCAGAUGACGUUGCUGUAGGUUUCACUUGCCAACAUAUAAGUCAUGCUGUCAGUGUGCAUCAUGUAAAAAAAGCAAUAGCUGAGAACCUGUGGUCAGUUUGCUUGGAAUGUUUAAAAGAAAGAAGAUUCUGUGAUGGACAGCCAAUACUUCCUCCUGAUAUCUGGUUGUGCCUCAAGUGUGGUUUUCAGGGAUGUGGUAAAAACUCAGAAGGCCAGCAUUCACUGAAGCAUUUCAAGAGUUGGAGAGCAGAGCUUCACUGUAUUAUAAUUAAUCUGAGCACAUGGAUCAUAUGGUGUUAUGAGUGUGAUGAAAAAUUAUCAACACAUUGUAAUAAGAAGGUUUUGGCUCAGAUAGUUGAUUUUCUCCAGAAACAUGUUUCUAAAACACAAACAAGUGCAUUUUCUAGAAUCAUAAAACUUUGUGAAGAAAAAUGUGAAACAGGUGAAAAAAAUAAGGGGAGAAAAGGUGGCAGUGUAACAUCUGUAAAGGGAAUUACAAAUUUAGGAAAUACUUGCUUCUUUAAUGCAGUCAUGCAGAAUUUGGCACAGUCUUACAUUCUUACUGAAUUGAUGAAUGAAAUCAAAGAACAUGGUACAAAACUCAAGAUUGUUCCUUCCUCUGACUCUCAACUGGACCCGUUAGUGGUGGAACUUUCAAGCCCUGGACCAUUGACCUCAGCCUUGUUCCUGUUUCUUCACAGCAUGAAGGAGACUGAAAGAGGACCACUUUCUCCCAAAGUUCUUUUUAAUCAGCUUUGUCAGAAGGCCCCUGCAUUUAAAAGUUUUCAACAACAGGACAGUCAGGAGCUUCUUCAUUAUUUGCUGGAUGCAGUGAGGACAGAAGAAACAAAGCGAAUACAAGCUGGCAUUCUAAAAGCAUUCAACAACCCAACUACUAAAACUGCUGAUGAUGAAACUAGAAAAAAAGUCAAAGCAUAUGGAAGAGAAGGUGUGAAAAUGAACUUCAUAGAUCGUAUCUUUAUUGGUGAAUUAACUAGCACGGUCAUGUGUGAAGAAUGUUCAAAUAUCUCCACGGUGAAAGAUCCUUUUAUUGAUAUUUCACUUCCUAUAAUAGAAGAAAGGGUUUCAAAACCUGUACUUUUGGGAAGAAUAAGUAAAUAUGGAAGUUUACAAGAGACAGAUACUGGUCAAUACAGUGGCACUCUUACUGUAGAAAAUACUCAUCAACCCAGAGCCAUCAGGAAGCAUUCUUCAUCUAAAGAUAUGAAUCAGCUAAUUCAUGGCAGAAAAUGUACAAGAAAAUCUGGAGAAGAUAAAGCUGCUGUCAUAUACCAGAAAAAUGAAAGCCUUGAGGUGAAUAGAGACUCUUCAUUGUUUGCAAGCGUCAUGAACACCGAGUUGACUGUGACUGAAAGCCCUACCGAUGGCAGUGAGAAAGAAGACAGCCUUUCUGAAAGUAGCGUUGAUGCUGACAGCGAGGCUUCGGAGUCUGAGAGUGCUCCGAAACAGACUUUGCUGCUGAGAUCCAGAAGCGGAUACUACACGCACACAAAUGGACACCCUCACUACCCGUCCAACAGUGAACCACUCACUAGGGAGGGCGACCAUGGUGAUGAGGGAGUGGCUGAAGCUAUUUCUGAACUUCAUUUGAGCAGCACUAUAAUUCGAGCUAGGGAUUUUGACAGAGAAAAUCAGCCACUAAGUGUUUCAAAUAAUUUGUGUUUUUCAGAGGACAAGCAUAUGGUGUCUCAGAGCCCCCAAAAUGCUUUUCAGACCCUUUCUCAGAGCUAUAUAACCACUUCUAAAGAAUGUUCAGUUCAGUCUUGUCUCUAUCAGUUUACAUCUAUGGAAUUGCUAAUGGGGAAUAACAAGCUUCUGUGUGAGACCUGUACUGAGAAGAAACAGAAGUACCAAAAGGAAACCACUUCUGCAGAAAAGAAAGCAGAGGGGGUUUAUACUAAUGCCAGGAAGCAACUGCUCAUUUCUGCUGUUCCAGCUAUCCUGAUUCUCCAUCUCAAAAGAUUUCAUCAGGCUGGUUUGAGUCUUCGCAAAGUAAACAGACAUGUAGAUUUUCCACUUAUGCUUGACUUAGCACCAUUCUGUUCUGCUACUUGUAAGAAUGUAAGUGUGGGAGGUAAAGUUCUCUAUGGUCUCUAUGGCGUAGUGGAACAUAGCGGCUCAAUGAGAGGAGGUCACUACACCGCUUACGUGAAAGUGAGAACACCCUCCAGGAAAUUACUGGAACACAUCACUGGAAAGAAAAAUGUACCUGGUUUGAAAGAAGCUGAUAAUGAAUCAGCAAGCCAGUGGGUCCAUGUUAGUGACACUUACGUGCAGGUGGUUCCAGAAUCAAGAGCACUUAGUGCACAAGCAUACCUUCUUUUUUAUGAAAGAAUAUUAUAA